AUGAGACUUCUCAUCAUCUUGUUCCUCGGCGUUUCCCCGAUUUUUCUAGAAUUCGUAUCGGCACGCGCUGCUCCACGUGCGGCCACAGAUGUGCUCCGCGAGCAACUAAGCCAUCUGCAACAAGUGAUCGACUCGGGCAACAUUGCACAACUUUCGAGGAUCGUCCAUUUGGGAUCACGUUAGUUUGUCUAAGGCAUAGUCAUACUUUAAACAGCUAUAGUAGCCUUAGAAAUAGUUGUAUCGAAAAAAUGUCAACUACAAAAAUGAAGGCCAUGUUUUUUACUGUACUUUUGUAGUUGACACUUUUUUUCUACGCCCACUCCCUGAAGUACGGUAGCUCUCCAAAGUUAGGCGUGCCCAAAAGCCCGGACAAACUUUAAACAGCUACAGUAGCUUUAGAAAUAGUUGUAUCAAAAAAAUGUCAACUACAAAAAUAAAGGCCAUGUCUUUUACUGUACUUUUGUAGUUGACACUUUUCCGCUACACCCCCUCACUCGAGUAUUGUCGGUCUCAGAAGCUAGCUAGAAGCAAACGCUCUCAAUUUUUCAGACGCAAACGAGCAAAUGUUUCUGAACAUUUACCGAAACGUUCAAAUGCACGUUUUAUCGGCCCGUUACACAUCCUCUCAAAACAUUGACGCAACUGUGCAGAUUUCUAUCCAUGGUGAAGCCGGAACUGUGGCUCACGUUCGAUUGCACAAGGUUAGCGGCGUCUCGACUCUUUUUCCCCCGAAAAAAUGUUUUUUGAGACGCGCUACUCGCUCGCCGGAUGGUUUUUCGACGUUUUUCAAUCGAAUGGACACAAAUGA